UUUUUUGAGUGUCUGUUGUAAACUUGCGCAUGCGCGAGGAGGCCUUUUCCAACAGGCCGAAAUGUCUAAGCGAGGACGUGGUGGAGCCGCGGGAGCGAAAUUCCGCAUUUCGCUCGGUCUUCCUGUUGGUGCAGUCAUUAACUGCGCCGACAACACAGGAGCCAAGAACCUCUACGUGAUAGCCGUCAAUGGCAUCAAGGGUCGUCUGAACAGACUCCCAGCUGCAGGUGCUGGUGACAUGAUUGUGGCCACAGUCAAGAAGGGAAAGCCCGAGCUGAGGAAGAAGGUCAUGCCGGCUGUUGUCAUUCGGCAACGGAAACCAUACCGGAGGAAGGAUGGGGUGUUCAUCUACUUUGAAGACAAUGCUGGUGUCAUAGUUAACAACAAAGGAGAGAUGAAGGGAUCUGCUAUCACUGGACCAGUGGCAAAGGAGUGUGCAGACUUAUGGCCCAGGAUUGCAUCCAAUGCAAGCAGCAUUGCCUAAUUUCCGUUGACCAGCCUAAAUAAAUAAAUAAAAAAAAACUUCAAAUGUGUAUGACCCG